AUGAAGAAUCCACUAAAGAGAAAGACGCCAACCAUACUAGAUGGAGGAUUCGCUACUGAAUUGGAGCGUACAUUUAAAAAAGACUUGAGUGGUGAACUAUGGGCAGCUCGCAUGAUCAUCGAAGACCCAGAUGCAGUCAAGGCCGUGCAUCGAGCCUAUUACGAUGCUGGAGCAGACAUCGCAACAACAUCAACCUACCAAGCAUCCUACCCCGGUUUCGCCCACGCAGGCUACACCCCCUCUGAAACAACCCACUACUUUACCAAAUCAGUCGCCCUAGCUGUAUCAGCCCGCGACGAGUACUACACCUCAUACAUCACAUCCCACACCAUCGCCUCCGAGUCACACCCAGACAUACACACGCCCCUCCCCAAAGAAAAACCACUCGUGGCAGCAUCGUUAGGCUGCUACGGCGCGCUGCUCUCCAACGGGGCCGAAUAUACAGGCGAUUAUGGCACCGUCACGGAGGCAGAAGUGUAUAAAUUCCAUGUAGAUAGGAUCCACGCGUGUUUGGGAGAGCCUGGCGUGGAUGUGCUGGCGUUUGAGACUGUGCCGAAGGUGUCUGAGGCAAGAGUGAUUGGGGAUUUGAUGAGGAGGGAGGGAUUUGGUGUUCCAGCGUGGGUGUCGUUUUCGUGUAGGGAUUCACGUAACGUGUCGCAUGGUGAAUCGUUGUAUGAUGCGUUUGAGGCAGUCAAGGACGUGAGUGGAAUUGUGGGAUUGGGCGUGAAUUGUACACCGCCAGAGUAUUUGAAGGGGCUGUUGGAAUCCGUCGGCGAGUUCAAGGAUACGCAUAGUGUUGUUGUGUAUCCGAAUUCAGGAGAGGUUUGGGAUGGGUUGCAUAAAGUGUGGAAGAGUAAUGGGCAAGCAGCCACUGCCGAGUCGUUUGCUGCUAUGGCGAAAGAGGAAUGGGUUACGAGUGGUGCGACAGUUAUUGGAGGGUGUUGUAGGACAACUCCAGAUUAUACGAAGGAAUUGAAGCGAGUCUUGUAG